CUGGCUCAUGUCCAGCUGCCACCAGUACUCACAAGUUCGUUUUGGCAGGGCUGUGCUCGAUCCUUUCAUCCCCAGCUUGUACCGAUUGCAGGGGUUGCCACGACCCAGGUGCAGACCUUGCACUUGGAUUUGUUCAACCUCAUGAGGUUCACCUGGGCCCACUGCUCAGCCUGUCUAGAUCUCUCUGUACCUAUUCACCCACCCAUCCACCCAUCCAUCCAUCCAUCCUGCUGGGACCCCCGGGUCGGGCCGGGCUCCGCGAGGGGCGGUGGCGGCAGCGGGCGGGGAGGAGCCGGGUGGCAGUGCCCCGCCCGCGGGGCGGCCCGAGCCGAGCCGGGGUGCGGGAAGCCGAGGACAAAAGGCAGGCAGCGGUGACGCGCUGAAAUUCGUCAUUUUGGGGCAGAGCGAGUGGGGACAGCAGGGUGCCAGCCCCGCGCCAGCUGCCGUCCCCGCAUCGAGCGCCUCCGUGUCCCCCACGGCCACCCGCAGCCGGAGCCCAGAGAUAGAGCAGCGCCGUGCCCCACAGCCCAGCCAUGAAGCUGAACGAGCGCAGCUUGGUGUUCUACGCCACCUGCGACUCUCCGGCCGACAACGCCGGGUUCCUCUACAAGCGCGGCGAGCGGCACACGGCGUACCACCGCCGCUGGUUCGUGCUCAAGGGCAACAUGCUCUUCUACUUCGAGGAGCGCGAGAGCCGCGAGCCGGUGGGCGUCAUCGUGCUGGAGGGCUGCACCGUGGAGCUCUGCGACUCGGCCGAGGAAUUCGCCUUCGCCAUCCGCUUCGGCGGCACCAAAUCGCGCACCUACGUGCUGGCGGCCGACAGCCAGGCGGCCAUGGAGGCGUGGGUGAAGGCGCUGUCGCGGGCCAGCUUCGACUACAUGCGGCUGGUGGUGCGGGAGCUGGAGAAGCAGCUGGAGGAGAUGCGGUGGAGCUGCCGGCACGCCCCGGCCUGCUGCAAGGCACGGCCUUUGGGGAUGGAGCACUCGCUGCCGCCUCUGCCCACGGUUCCGCCAAAGGAGAACGGCUGCGCGGUGUGGAACAAUGCGCCCAGCAUGGACCAGCUGCAUGAUGCUGCGGGUUGUGAUGGUGACACCAACCCACGGCCACCGCCGCUGCCUCCGCGCAGGCGAGCAUCCAGCGGUGACGCCGGGGUGGCUGAGAUCUCGGUGUUCUGCCGGCUGCACGAGCGGUACGGGCAGGAGGUGGCCCGGCUGCGGCAAGACUGGCAGCACCGGCAGUGCCAGCACCGGCCCUGAGAGGCCUUGCGGGCAUGCAGUGUCCUUGGUGCCACCUCAGUUCCCUCUGCGGGACUCGCAGCUCCUGGGGAGCGAUCGCUGAGUUGGGUGCACUGGGACCUCCGGAUGCAAGGAUUCUGGGGGGGGUUGGACGGGGGUUGCACUGCCAGAGAGCUGGAACUGCCUUCCCCUCCCUAAGGCCAUCUGAGCACCAUGGCAUCCCUCUGCUCCAACAGGAUGCGGUUUGUAGAACAAAUGCACGGGCACUUCCCCAGCAGCACAGUGCCAACACAACAGCCACCAUGGUCUCGUGUUUGCGUGCUGACAGCACCCAGCAGGAUCCUGGUCCUCCACUUCACCAUGCAGUGGAGCUGCCUGCACCCAGCCACAUCCUCCAGGGCUCCGGGACAGAUAUUUUAGGGCUGGCGUCACCCCCGGGCUGGCUGACAAAGGGGAAGUGUCACGGCGAUGAACAGGAACGUGCAUGUCAGCAGCAGAGGGAGCGGAGUGAUUCAUGUGCACAAGCAGAGCGUAGUUGCCACUGGAGCCUUGGGGUCUCACGCAGACAUUUCUCUGGUUCGUAUCCAUUCUGCUGGCCCAGGGACUUUGUGAUACCCCAGCCAGUGUGGUGACUGCUGUAGUUGGGCAUCCCACCAGCUCCUCCUUCACUAAAGCUCUUGAAUCCCUCCCCUCUUGGGUUUGCUCCCCAAAUCUGGGAGCAAGAGGCACCUUGGGUUGGGCCAAAUGGCCCCAUCUCUGUUUGACUUCUCAGAACUGACUCAAGUUUUUUUUCUACAAUAAAUAUUGCUUC